AUGUCCUCAGAAGGUUCAAGGGAACCUCAAAGAGGUCUCCGUCAUGCUUUGCCAACAUGCAGGACGUCGUACCUUCGUCAAAUCCUUUUCAACCUCAUUCCGAUCGGCGGAGACGCGUGUAACAUCGUCUCGGCGGGUGCUUUCGACAGUUGGGAACGACAAUCCAACCGAAUACUGUCGCGACCUUCUCCGGAAACACGACUACGAAUCUUUCCUUAUCUCCCAGUUCUGGCCAAAGGGGUCGCUGCAGGAUGGUUAUUUGGCGCUAAGGUCAUUUUCGGCACGUUCUCGGUGGAAUUAGCAAUGAUUGGGGACUCGGUUUCCAACCCGGUAAUUGGGCAGAUGAGGAUGCAGUUCUGGAGGGACGCUGUCAAGGGUGUCUAUGAGAAUAGCCCACCAAGACACCCCAUAGCGCUAGCCCUGUCUGAUGUGUGUCGACAACACAAAAUCCAACGAUACCAUCUCAACCGCUUGAUUGACGCUCGAGAUGCGGAAUUACACACACCAGAGCAUUUGACCUCCGAAUCCCUCACCGAUCAUGCCGAAGCAACUUCGUCCACUCUACUUUAUGCUCUCCUGUCCCUCUUGACCAUUCCAUCAAACUCGCUAGACUCUUUAUCACACGCGGCGUCACACGUUGGAGUUGCGCAAGGUAUAGUUACGCUUCUACGUGGACUGCCCUACCACGCUUCCAAGGGACGAAUGACAAUACCAGCGGAGAUUACAUCAAAGCACGGUGUUAGCCAAGAGGAAGUUUUCCGACGGGGAAAGGAGGCCAAAGGGAUCGUCGACGCCGUAUACGAGUUCGCCGUCCUUGCAAACGACCAUCUCAUUACAGCACGAGACAUGCUCUCCAAACUCGACGAUGGGAAAGUGCCAAGGGGAGCCAUGCCCGUAUUCUUGACCGGUAUUCCCCAAGCGCUCUUCCUCGAACGACUCGAGAGUUCUGAUUUCAACGCUUUCGAACCGCGAUUGCAGGUGAGGGAUUGGAAGCUAGCCUGGCGAAUAUGGAGAGGAUACCACCAAAGGACGUUCUAG